AUGUCUCAAAUCACGGAGGAGAUGGAGGGAAUGGAGGACAACCACACAGAGGUCAAGCGAGAGCCCUCUGAACACAGCUCUAUAGUCUACAACCGUUCCGCCAGCCCCUUCAGCAUUGUCUCCACAAGCGAAGAUGAAUCAAUCGACCGCAGCUCGGUCUUCCGGCCCUUCCAACCUCCAGCGCCUCCGGCAGCCCCUUCUCGAACGCCCGCUCUCGGGACGACCAACUCAGCAGACUUCUGGUACAUCACGGAGGAGAAAUGGCAAAGCCUCAUCAACGAGACUGCCCUCCCAGCGAACGCCCAGGCGGCCAUAGGCGUGCUGCAAAAGGACGACCAAGCUGGGCGUGCUAUGGAGACGGACGAAGGUGCCCUGGCUGAGGUGCCUUGCCAGACAUGUGCCGAUAAGAACGCAGCAUGCACGAUGUUUGCGAAUGGGAAGUACAAGACCUGCGUGAUCUGUAAAAGGCUGGCGAAGGGUGGAUGUGAUGCCAGAGUGUCUGCGAGUUCUGCUCCAACUUAUACAGCUGGUCAGACUGGUGUUGUACCACGGGCUAGUGCUUCACAUAGCUAUGCUCCGCGCAAAAAGAGAGGUCGGCCGCCAAAGCAUGAGUCUCGUAGUGUCGAGCAGAGGCUGCUGAAGUUGGAGCAGGAGCUUGCGGCGUCGAAGCGACAGAGGGAUGAGGAUGAGCGGAGGCUUGAGAAUUUGGAGGAGGAGGCCGCGAUCACACAAAGUCGUCUGGAGCGUUAUGAACGAACGGGGGCUGGCAGACUGGUGAACGGAGGUGGCGAAGGUUCAUCAACGAAAAAGCGAAAGCUGGACGAAGGCGAGCGGAGGGGGCAACGCCACCACAGCUGCUCAUGUCCGGCUGUCUACCUGGAGCUUCGUGAAGUUUGCGCUUGCUGUGACUACGUCAAGAUCCAGUGGCAGCAGGAUCCUCAAGGGAAUGCGCGCUGA